AUGUCAUCAUCGAUGGAGGCUAUUGUCAUACCUAGAUUCGGAGGACCAGAAGUUCUCGAAAUUCAGCAAGUCCCAAAGCCAGUACCUACGCUUGGUGAGGUACUCGUCAAAGUGAGAGCAUUUGGAAUCAACCACGCCGAGAUGCACAUGCGCAAAGGCGAAUGGGACGAAUGGAAUCCCAUCACGGGACUUGAAUGCGUCGGCAUUGUCGAAGCCUGUCCGGGCGAUGAAUUCUCAGUUGGCAGCAAAGUCAUCGGUGUCAUGGGCGGGAUGGGAAGAAACCGUCCAGGAUCGUAUGGCGAGUUCGUUACUGUACCAGUCACGAAUGUUGCCCGUGUUGAGACAAACUUGCCAUGGGAAGAGCUUGCUGUUGUACCAGAGGUGUAUUCAACUGCCUAUUCCUGUCUCUUCACUGUCCUGGAUGUUAAGGCGGGAGAAUCAGUCCUGAUCCGCGGUGCAACCUCGACCAUUGGUCAAGCAGCCGUGAAUCUAGCUGUCAACGCUGGAGUGAAAGUGACUGCAACGACAAGGAGAGAAGGAAGGUUCAAGAUGCUGAAAGAAAUGGGUGUGACGGAGGUUGUGCUUGAACAUGAUAAUCUAGCGAGCGAAUUUCCUGCCGGCACCAGUUUCGACAAAGUCUUGAAUUUGAUUGGCAACAGGGCGCUCCUUGAGUCAAUUGAGCUUGUCCGAGCGGGUGGUAGAAUGCUUCAAGCUGGAUGGCUGGGAGGAUUGGCACCAGUGAAAGACUUCAACCCCAUGGUGCAAAUGAAGCCAGGGGUACAUUUCAGUUUGUUCCACAGCAAGGUUCUGGGAACUGCGGAAUUUCCACUUUCCAGGAUUCCACUGCAAGAGAUCGUGGACAAGAUCGAGAAGAAAGCUUGGGAUGCGAAACCUACCUACGUGUUUGACUGGAGGGAUAUUCGAAAAGCGCAUGAGUUGCUAGACUCUCACAACGCCGGUGGCAAGAUUGUUGCUAAACAUUGA